CGCUGUUGCAUUUAAUAUGAAUUUUAAUUUGCAAUUGAUGCAACAAGGUAGAAAACCUGGAACUAUGUACUGUAGUAUGUCUAUAAUUUCAUGUACGUACGGGAAUUCAUGGAUCAAGCCCAGGGCGUUUCAUGUUACAAUGUAUUAUGAUUAGCAGUAAAGCACGUCUCCUCUGUUCCGAAUGGAAACCAAACCAGUUGUUACAAGUCACGGGGACCAGUCCCUGUUCUCGUCCCUACACCCAUCCCUGCUACAGUGGCUCCCACAGGAGGCUAUAGAAUGGAGGAGGUCGUACAGCAGAGCUCCCAAAACGGUCUUUCUGGAGGCCAGUUUUGUUCCGUAUGAUGAGGAUAUCUUGCCAUCAGACACAGAUAAAACUCUAGUCAGUCGACCAUUCUUCCACAUAUUCUGGACCUCUUGUGAUUUGGACGCUUACAAACAAACAACUCGUGAGGAGCUUGUAGAAUGGACCUCUGCACUGAAGAGAAAGAACAUCCCUGAUUGGUUGAUAGUGGUGGUGUCCACUGAUGAAAGCAAACUCAAGUCCAAACUGUUACCCAGGUCUUCAGUGUUUGACAAAAUCAAAAGCGAUUUCUGUAACAAGACACCAGACAGGUGCGUGGUAGUCAAUGACCCAUUAAAGCAGGAUCAGAAGUCUAACGAAUCCUUGCAAGUUAUGCUUCAGCGACUCCGUACUCUGUUACUGCAAGCUUUCAAUAAACACCUCGUGAAGUAUGAGGACGGAAUGAGAAAUUUACGUGAGAAAAGAAACGAACCAGGAUGGCAAUUCACCAAUUUCUUCCUUGUACAGGAAGAGCUGGCAUUUAUGUAUGAGAUGCUGGGCCUGUUUGAGGAUGCCCUGAUUCAGUACGAUGAGCUGGAUGCUUUGUUCACACAGUACAUCCUCUUCUUUGCUGCAGGAAACCCUGUUGAUUGGAUGAUGAAGUACACAAAUGAAUGUACUAAAUGGUCCGGACUGUCCCUCAGGAAACCAAUCAACCGUGACAUCCGCGACCUGAUCAAGGAUAAUCUGGACAGCCUGUUGGAUUUCCGGAGCUAUCUCUUCUCCAGACAGUGUGCUCUGUUGUUCCUCCUGAACAUGCCGCUGGAAGUUCCGAAGCGAGCCAUGGAGUUCCUACACAACACAGUACAGGAAGUCCGCAAGUUAAAGGUGGAGAUGCCUGUGGGCACCAUUGACUGCUGGGUUUUCCUGAGCUGUCUGGAGGUCCUGAACAAAUGUGAGAAGUUCUCUGGGUCUGAUCCCAUAAAGAGCUACUCCCUGUACACUGCCAGUCUGUGGGACUACGCCAGAAAGAAGUUAAGAUUUCUUGGAGAGUUAUGUGGAUUAAGACCAGAACCAGAAAUUGAACCAACUUCUGACCAACUCACCCUGGUUCUCAACCUUAUAUCUGGUUUAAAAUCCAGGGAUGAUGAUGAUAAGGAAGACAAGACUAUGCAUCCUCCAGAAAAAUUAAGAGAAGCACUGUCAUCAAAAGAAGCAUUUACACGAACUUACCUGGAGUUAUCUGAGCUUGCUAUGGGGACGUUUAAACACAUCAGCAGAUUCAGAUCAGCCCGGCAGAUUGGAAAGGACCUUGCAAACUUCUACAUACUGCAAGGUGAACCAGAAAAAGCCGAGAACUUUCUGAUGGAUGCCAUGAAGAGUUUCCACCAGGAAGGCUGGCAUCAUUUAGCAGACGACAUGAAGCUGGAGCUGGCUAAAUGCCAGAAACUGUUGGGAAACAGGCUCAAGUAUCUCAAAACUGUAUGCCAAGUAGUCAGUAGUCCAACACUCUCCAAAGAGGUGCGGCAGUCAUUCCAGGCAGAGAUAUUGGAGAUUGGCAAUGAGUGUGCAGGGAGUAAUUAUCUGUUGAAAGCUGCCCCAAUGUUUGUUGUGGAAGACAUCGUCGUACAAGAACAUUCCAUUAUCUGUGAUCAGUCUGUGUCUAUAGACAUACACAUUAAGUGUGACAUUCCCGACACAGUUCAGUUUGACUUUGUCAGUCUGUCUGUUCGUCCCCAUAACGUCACAAAACCAAAUGUCUCAGGGAAAAAGCUUCUCUGUAAGGCAGACAGUGGGGGCUUCUUGAGAGAACAAGUUCCGAACUUUAACCCUGUUAAAAAACCUGUUCCUAGUCAUAUUGAGGUCAAGGCCAGUAUGGAGUCGUCGUCAUGUGGAAUUGUCUGUGUAAACUCCCAGGAUUUACUACGGAGAAUGGACAGCACAAAGAACUACCGCCGGGAAUCUCAGCAGAUUAAGGAGGAUUUCAAUGAGGCCCUGAGGCUUGAGAAGGUGAAACUUACUCCAGGGAAAAAUGUACUCAGUUUCUCCAAAGAGAUGAAGAACACUGGAGGAUACAAACCAGGCCAGCUGCUGCUUAAGAUAGGAGGGCUGGAUUUUCUGAAGACUUUAGAGACGGAGGAAUAUUUUAGUGUGUCGCAUGAGGAACCUGUGUGUGUACUUAAACCAGCUGAAGGAGAUUACCUCCUGUCAGGUAUAACACAGUUAGCCUACCUGAGUAUUUCACCAGGGAGUUUCCGCUUAAAUCCAGGGGACAAACUGUCACUGGAAACCUCCGAUAGCCUUACUGUUACCACGGAGAAUGAUCACAACAUGCUGGUUGUCAAGGAAACUGAGGAUGGACAACCAUAUGAGUUCAAAGUUCAUCUUUUCCAUGAGAGGGAGAAUUCCAUGACAUCAGAAGCACAAAUGAUUGUAAUAAGUCAUAGUUUUGCCUUACCAGUGAAAAUGAACCUGACAUUUAAUUCUCCAUUUUGGGUCACACACAAAGUUCUGACUGCUGGAGACAGGAAAUAUAUCCAGAUCUCACUAGAUGGCAGCACUAAAGAGAAGUUCCUGUUGACAGAGGCCCUGUUAAAAUGUGAGAACCCUGAUGUAGAAAUUUUCCCAAUGAAUAAACCUGGACUAGAACUAAGUGUGAGUCGUCACCAGACCGUGUCCUAUGUGUGGCAGCUGAAGUGUAACAGUUCAGAGGUCACAGACCUGCGGCUGGUGUACAGCGUUCUGUACGGUAGUCGGCUGGACGUCAGUCAGACGACCCACAAACUGUCUUAUGGCUUCUCCAUCUCAGACUUCCAGACUCUGUACACUGUAAAAGUGGAUGUGAAGCCAGAGGGGGACACCAAAGACUGCAGGGUGGGUAGUGGUGCAAACCUCACCCUUAGGGUCAUCCGAUCCCCUGGAUGUAAUCUCAAGACACCUGUAUUUUAUAAGAUAGAGGACAAACCGGACGUGUGGGCAGUCACUGGAAAUAGCUCAGGACUGUUAGAUAUUGCAGAGGGGAAAUGUGAGAUCUCAUUAACUGUCAUUCCAUUAGUACCAGGCCUUGUGCAUGUUCCAAAGGUGACCCUAUUUAGACCUAGUAAAGAUAUGCUAAAGAAAUCAGAAGACAACAGGAAGUCUGGUUCCCCAGAUGACAUAUCCCCCGACCAGGAGGGCCCUGUCCAGCAGGGGUUUCCCCGGGGUCAGGUGUACUAUGCUAGCAGUGCCAAACAAGUCCGAAUCCUUCAGACUUCCUCAAAAAUCAACACAAAACGUUCCUGAUGCAGAAUGUAUUUAGCUAGGAUUUUUUUUAUAUAGAAUUUGUUAUUUUGUUGACAAAUGAUGUGCCAAAUAUUGUUUAUUUUGACACUGCCAGAUUUUGUUUCAUUGAAUAUGUGUAUCGAACGGAAUAUACUACAGAUUUGGUGACUUUAAAAUGCAGCUCAGUAGUAGUAUACGUGUAUCCAUUAUGAAGGAUCUUCUCAAGUUUAUUAGAAGCCUUAUGAAGAUAGAGUAUAAUAUAUUCUAAAUCAAUAACUUAAUCCAAUGUGCAAUGACAAGCUGUAGGCUUUUGGUUCGGAAUUUUUUCAUUGUAUUUAUUGUGUACACUCACUAGUACAUGUAUUUAUUGUGUACACUCACUAGUACAUGUAUUUAUUGUGUACACUCACUAGUACAUGUAUUUAAAUAGUGAAAUAUGAAAUACUGUCUCAUGGAUUUCUAGGUCGGCCAUAUUUUGAAUAUAGUUUAAAGAAUUUUAUGGUAUACGCAGUCCUUAGAUGAAUUUAUUUCCAUAUAUCUUCCUUAUAAAAAUGUGUAUUUAUCAAAAUUACUUACAGAAGGUGGAUAAGAUAACAUUUGUACAUGUAUUAGUAGUGGGCAUACACUCUUGUCUUUCAUAUAAGUUUGCAAACUACAUGUAGCUUUAGUAAUAUGAGAUGCCGUAAUUAAAGAAGCAUAUUAUGAUGUACUUACUAUUAAAACAAACAAUAAAAUCAA